CCGGAUCCGCCCCUAAAUACAACUAGGCUUGCUCAAUGUAGGCUUCUGAUUGGUCAAAUAUUUUGGGCUUGAUUGACAUACUGAAAAAUUUAAUAAAGGCAAUUCUGAGACUAUUAGGCCGGAUACAAUAGCGGUGAACAAAAGAAGGAUAUUGAUUUCAGUAACCGUCUCAAUCUCAUAUUGAUUAAACGUUGGGUUUUGUUAUUUUAUGAAUUACAAGUAUGCUAGUCUUUAUUUGCAAUAGGAAGUUGAUAAAGAGCCAUGGCAACACACUUUCUUCUCGUUCUACAAUUUUUGAUAUUAUAUCUGCUCCACCUUUGCAGUUCCUAUAGUAUGUACUUGUCAGAGACAUCAUAUGGUAGAGUGUAUGUUUAUGAUGGCAGCCAGUGGGGAACCGUCUGUGAUGACGGUUUCGGCAUAGAAGAAGCACAAGUCAUAUGUCGACAACUUGGAUUCCAUAGCGCUGUUACAUAUUAUCAAUCCUACGGUGGCGGAUCUGGGGCAAUAUUAAUGGACGAUUUGGCUUGUACUGGCUCAGAAUCCUACAUCUGGGACUGUUCAUUUCCAGGAUGGGGUGUUAAUAAUUGCGGCCAUACGGAGGACGCGGGUGUUAAAUGCACUACUGUUUACCUGUCUGAGGGCUCGUAUGGUAGAGUGCAUAUCCAUUAUGGCAGCGAAUGGGGAACUAUUUGUGAUGACGGAUUUGGCACGGAAGAAGCGCAAGUUAUUUGUCGACAACUUGGAUACUCAAGUGCUGUUACAUAUUACCAAGCCUACGGAGGCGGAAGCGGAACAAUAUUAAUGGACGAUUUGGCUUGUACUGGGUCAGAAACCACCAUCGAGAGCUGUCCUUUUGCAGGAUGGGGCACUAAUAAUUGCGGUCAUACGGAGGACGCGGGUGUUCAAUGCACUUCAGAAAAUAUAUGUUCUACAAGUCCUUGCGUUUAUGGAGCUUGCAGCGUUACUUAUCAAGGAAGUAUAUAUACGUGUUCCUGUAAUGCCGGAUACUCGGGAACCAACUGUGAAACUAAUAAUGACGACUGUGUGACGAACUCAUGCGUUAAUGGAAAUUGCAUAGACGGAGUUAAUACUUACACAUGCUCGUGUUACAGCGGCUAUGAUGGAACAUACUGCAACAAUGGCCUAUUUGGUUUCUCUAUACUUUGCAACCAAUUCAGUUGGAUAUUAUGUCUUUUUUUUGUAAUAUACCGACAGCGUGGAUUAAUGGAAGUAUUUGUGAUUUCAGAUAUUAACGAAUGUCUCUCAUCUCCAUGUGUAUAUGGCAUAUGUAACGAUCAUGUAAAUCAAUAUUCCUGCUCAUGUAAUGCUGGUUACUCCGGAACUAACUGCCAAACAGACAUAGAUGAAUGCUCGUCAUCCCCUUGUAACUUUGGUCAAUGCAAUGACCAGGUGAAUUCGUACACCUGUACUUGUAACCCGGGUUAUUCUGGAACAUACUGUGACACAGAUAUAAACGAGUGCGAUUCCUCUCCCUGCAUACAUGGCGUUUGUAAUGACGAAACGAACCGAUACUCGUGCACAUGUAACGCUGGCUACAGUGGAACGAACUGUGAAACAGACAUUGAUGAAUGUUCGUCAUCCCCUUGUAAUUUUGGCCAAUGCAAUGACCAGGUGAAUUCGUACAUCUGUACUUGUAACCCAGGUUAUUCUGGAACAUACUGUGACACAGAUAUAAACGAAUGUGCUUCUUCCCCCUGUAUACAUGGCGUGUGUAAUGACGAAACGAACCAAUACUCGUGCACAUGUAACCCGGGCUACAGUGGAACGAACUGUGAAACAGACAUAGAUGAAUGCUCGUCAUCCCCUUGUAACUUUGGUCAAUGCAAUGACCAGGUGAAUUCGUACACCUGUACUUGUAACCCAGGUUAUUCUGGAACAUACUGUGACACAGACGUAGAUGAAUGUUCUUCAUCCCCAUGUAAUUUUGGCGUCUGCAAUGACGCCGUAAAUUCGUACACUUGUACCUGUGACUCUGGAUAUUCUGGAGAAUACUGCGAUACGGAGAUAAAUGAAUGCGACUCCUCUCCCUGUCAGAAUGGUGGAGAAUGUUACGAUUUUGUGAACAAAUUCGAGUGUACCUGCCUGGCCUGGUACUUUCAAGACGAUUGUUCUGAACUAGAUACAUCAUAUAGCACAACCGCAUUUUCUGACCUGGAAGAGAAUGCCGCUCUACAAGGUUACGUUUACAGAACACUUUUUGUGCGUAGCAAAAUAGAGUGCUUGGCAGAGUGCAUCUUGUCAGGGCAUUGUUUGUCUAUAAAUUAUAAUAAUUCGGAAAACAUCUGUGAGUUAAAUUCAAGCUCCAGAACAGCAGAGGUUGCCGCCCUCAAGACAGAAGUCCAUGGAACAGAUUAUUAUGAGCGUCCCUCCAACUAAGUUAAGGCAAUUAUGUGUUUAGGCAUUAUACAAUACAAUUGUGAUAAUGAUAAUAAUAAUGCUUGUAAUACUAAUGGUAGUACACACACAUCCACAC